AUGGGUACCAAAAAAAUUGUUAUGCUAAAAACUCAUAUUGAUUCAAUCAAGUUAUGUUUUCCUAAUGAUUUUGUUUAUGAAAACUUGAUUUGGGUUUUGGCUUCUAUAUGGAUUUUCCUAUGCAACCAUGUGCUUCAUUUUAUUGGGUUGAUACUCACAUACAUAUUCAGAUUUCAAAGGAAAAAUGAGCAACAUGUUCCACUUGGUUUAGUUGAACAAAGCAAGAGGAGUGAUUUUCAAGAUUAUGAAAUUGAUAAGUUCACAGAAGAGAUGGCUAAUUUGAUAUUUCCAAGCAAUGAAGAUUUUUAUAUAGCAAGUGAAGGAAUAGAAGGAAAAACAGAGUACUUUGUUUUUGAGAUGGUUGAUUCUAAUGAUGAGAAAGUAAAAGGAGAAAUAAAUUGCUGUGUUUUGAAGAAGAAAGAUGAAUAUGAUAAGAAAAGUGAAGGAGAAGCAAAAGGAUCUGUUUUUAUGGAUUGUAAUUUUGAUUAUGUUGAGGUAAUAGAUGAAAAAGAAACAGAGUGCUCUGUUUUUGAAAAUGGUGAUUCCAAUUUUCAUCAAGAUGGUUGGAUUAAUGGAAAAAAAAUUCAAGAAGAUGAAGAAGAAGAAACAAAAGGGUCUAUUUUGAUUGAUAAUAGCUAUGAUGCAACAGCAAGUAAUGUUCAAUUUGUGUCACAAAAAGAUAUUGGUGAUUUGGAAGAAGAAACUAUGGCCUUUACAAGCUUCUCUUUUCUAAGAAAUGUCUCCAUCAAUGAAAAUGAAGUCAAAAAGGAAUUAUUAGAGCAUAAAUUAGAGGCAUGCCAUGUUGAUCAAGGAAAAGGUGAAGAGGGUAUUUUAAAAAAUAAGAUUAUAUUCUCUAUCAAUUCUAGUGAAGAAUGUGAAUGUGAAAAUCUCAAGGAAAUGGAAGGUUUGAAGGAAACUCAAUUUUCAUGUGAUAGAGAAGUAGUUUCACAUGAUCUUGUUGAGUGCAAAAAUGAAAAGGAAGAUUCAUCAUACCAUGGAGAAGAGACAUAUAAAGAAACAAUGUGUGAAGAAGAGUUUGAUGAAAUGGAAUAUGAAGAAGAAGAUGAGGAUGAAUAUGAGUAUGAGAAUGAUGAGGAAAUGGAACAAAUCAAAUUGGAAUUAAAAAUUGCAAGACAAGGAGGACUUGAAACAAUUUUUGAAGAUGAAGAAAGAGAUUACUCUACAAAAGUUGUUGAAGAGAAAAUACAACCAUUGAGUAUUGAAGAGAAGAUGGAAUACAAAGAUCACAUUGUUGAAAUUCAAAAGGUUCAUAAUUGUUAUGCACAAAAAAUAAAGAAACUUGAUGUCUUGAGUUAUCAGACCAUGCAUGCAAUAGGUUUUCUUCAACUAAAAGACCCUUCAAAAUUAGUUUUAAUGCAAAAAUCAAUCGUCAAACAUAUCAAGCCUUUAGUGAUUUCUCAUAAUUUAUGGUCACGCAAAGCGCAAAAGAACACAUUUGAUCCAAUGUUGAAAUUUAUUAAUGAAUUGCAUAGGGAUUUAGAACUUGUUUAUGUUAGCCAAAUUUGUUUCUCUUGGGAAAUCCUAUGUUGGCAGCAUGAAAAAAUUCAAGAGUUGAAAAAAUAUGAGUCACAAUGGCCUCGUAGGUAUAAUAUAGUUGCCGGUGAAUUUCAACUUUUUCAAGUUCUUUUGCAACGCUUUUUAGAGGAUGAACCAUUUCAACAAGGUCAUAGGGUUGAAUAUUAUGUCCAGAAUCGUUGUCUCAUUCCCAACUUGCUCAAAGUUCCAAGCAUAAAAGAUGAUAGUGCAAAGGAUAAGAAAAAAGUUAAAUGGAGUGAAGAGGGUGCAAUUGGUUGUGAAAGGCUAGAGCACAUAAUUAAGGAAUCCAUGCAAGUUUUUUUGGAAUUUGUGAAUGCAGAUAAAGAUGAUGGGAAUGUGUUUCAUAAAACAUCUCAUUAUAGAGAAAAUGAGGUCAAGCAUAAAGAAAUUUCAAGUGUCCUUGGAGAUAUCCGAACCCAAUUACAUAAGAAGGAGAGAAAGCUCAAAGACAUAUUGAGAAGUGGAAAUUGCAUAGUUAGAAAGUUCCAAAAAUACAAUAAGGAUCAAAUUCAAUUGGACCAUGAUUUGUUGCGGGCUCAAGUGGAGUUGAAGUUGAUUUCAAGAGUGAUUAAGAUGAAAAAGUUGACAAAAGAUCACCUAUUAUGGUGUAGUGAAAAUUUAAACCAAAUUAAAUUUGUCGACAGGAAGAUUCUAGUGGAGGCUUCAUUUUUGCUUUUUCCUUGUUGA